AGCUUGACGCUGAUCUCUGCUGGAGGAGCGGACUGACUCCGGGCGUUUUCCGAUGCUGGGAAGCCGGGAAGCAGGACCUGCCGGUGGCGGGGAGGAUGCUGCGGGGCCGCGGGGGCCGCUGAGCCGGACACACCGCGGGGAGGAGACGCCUCCCGGCCGGGCUGGGUGUCUCCUGGCCGGCCUGGUGAGCUGGAGGCGGAGACCGUGGAGGACCUCAGCCCUGCUGGCUGCAGCCAACACCGUGCUGUGGUUUGUGGCCUUCGGCUCUUUUCAAGCCUACAGCCUCCUGGCCGUCCUGUUGGCUUUGCUGGUCGUCACGGUGACCGUCAGAGACAUCAUUCGGUCCAGAUCCACAGAAGCUCACUUGUGGCGCAGCAUCACGGCCAGCUGGGAGAUCAUCGAUUCAGGCCCGGAUGGACGUUCUGGGACUGAACUUCAGCUCAGCGACUCCCUCAAACUCUUUCUCCAGGAGACGUCAGCUUUCAAACAGCAAAACCCCGGCAAGUGCCAUGCAGUCCUGCUUUAUGCUGUAACUGACAGUGGAAAACUCUCCUUCCAGUUCUGCCUGCUGGUUUGCAGUUUGUGCACCUUCUUCGCCGUCUUAGGACGCUACAUUCCAGGGAUUGUUAUCUCAUAUGUUCUCGUGCUGGGCGUCUUCCUGUGGCCUCUGGUUUCAUCUCAUGAGGUUGGUUUGUGGCUGGAGCCAGUUCUGCAGAAGCUGGACUUUGGCAUUGGCAAGUUUUUCCAGAAAAUCAAAGACAACCACGAGAAGAGACUCCUGCAGGCUCAGACUGAGAAAGAAGGCAUCGAGUCGGACCUUUCCUCCAUGUUUCCCAAGCUCGACUCUGCGGUGUGUAAAGAAAUGUCAGUAUCGGACACAGAGGUGUCGGACGUGACGUGGACGGACAACGGUACUUUCAACCUGUCAGAAGGAAACACGCCACAGACGGAGAACUCAGAGGACCUCGACAGAGAGGAAGCGUUCACAGGCGGCCUCCCAGAAUUCCCUUCGCUUGACAACGGCGCAGCGACCAACGGCGACGACGACGACCUGAGCCUCGGCCUCCCCUCACCUCCACCACAGCAGCCAAUCAGAUCCCAGCAAACUGCUCCUCCUCACAAAGACCUUCCCGCCGACGAAGCCCUGGGAUUGGUCAGCCAGGUGGCCGGUGACGUCAUCACCGCCGCCGUCACGGCCGCCAUCCAGGAGAGAAUAGAGGCGGCGGUCGGCUUGGUGGCGUCCAGCGGAGACGGCGGGAAGUCGAGGCUGCAGGAACCCAGCGGGAUGCUGGAGCUGGCCGAGGAGUCGGACAGCGAGGUGGAGGACUUUGAGCUGCUGGACCAGUCAGAGUUGGAGCAACUGGAGGGCGAGCUGGGGCUGAAAGAGGAGAAGAGCAACCAGGAGGCCCAGAGCCACAAGCCGGCCUCCUCUGGCUUCCUAUCCAAACUCCUCCGGCGCCACUGAUGGAUGAAGAGUUCAGGUCACAGAAGGCCUUCUGCUCAAAGAUAACUCUGGACGCUGGUGAGAAAGGAACGUUUCCAUUUGUGUUUUUCCUGCUAACAUCUCCAUUCAAAGCUGAGCAGUUGUAGGUGGAGACGCUUUGAUGUGGAGCAGCGUCGCUUGUUGCUGAGAUCAGACUUUACCACAUCAGCCUGAAGACACGGAGCCACAACCAACCUCAACAGCAGCACCACGUUCCUUUCUUUGCUGACGACACCGACAGUCAUCUAAUGACGCCUCCCAACAGUUUCUGCUCUCAUCUCCAGUUUGAUCAGUCUGACAGUCAGUUAAUGGACCUUCUGUUAGGGAGUCGGCCGGUGGUUUGUCUGGAACUGAUUCUGGUGUGAUUGGAGGUUGGUUUGCAGACAGACGACUGAUUUUAGAAACUGGACGAGUGCAGCACAAAGUUGUUUUUAAUACGGUCUUUUAACUACAUGGAAAUCGAGUUUUUUCCUCUCUUUGGUCAAAUCUUGCUGCAUGAGAACUGAAAGUAGGGAUUGAAUGAUAGACAAAAAUCACAGUUUUUAAGUUAAAUACUAGUUUAAUGUACAAACUAUGACUUUAUCUUUCUAUGAAAACACAUCUGGAGCAACUGCUGCAACAAAAGUAGAUAAAUCUUCUGUCAAAUCUCCAUUUAGAUGCAGCAUUUAGACCAUCAGCUGUUUAAACUGCAUCUCCACAUGCUGCUGCUGGGGAACAACAGAUGGUUUUUAUUGCUUUGAAAUGUCAGAACAAGCUGAGUUUGCUCCACAAUCACUGAUUUGCUUGUAAAAGUAAAGUUCUCAUUGGGUUUAAUGGCGGCGGUUCAACAUAUCGCCGUGCAGCUUCCCUUCAUCUGAGGUUCACUGAGAAACUGCUUCUGAACAGUUCUGGACACAAGAAAAAGUUGCACACGUGCAGCAGCUGCAUUCGUUCAGCCGAUACCUAAAGAGUUUUGGUUCAGAUGGAUUUGGGUCUCAGAUCUGUCACAACAGUGAUGCUCUAAUAAAACCCAAUAUUUACUGAAGUCUUUGAUUUGGCAGCAAUCUGCUAAAACUGUUAAAUGUGGAGGAAAGUCUGACUAAAUCUGAGAGUAAAAUGAAGAAAAAAAUGCUCUGAGAUUCACAGAAGUGGUUUUUGAUCAAAGAUGGGAAAAUAUCUCCUCAUAUGUAGCUCACUGAGAGCUGCAUUUAUUUCCAUCCAGAAAUGAUCAGUGUUAUUCCUUAAAGAAAAGCAGCAUUUUUAGUUUGUGGUCUGAUCGCAGCAGAACAGCUUCCUGCUCUUCAUUUUUAAUCUGAUCAUGUAAUGAGAUCAGUUUAGCAUUUAUUAGCAUCAUGUAAAUACUCAGGAUAUGAUUUAUCACAGUAUUACUGAGCUGUGAGCAGAUGAAGACAUUUAAGGGUUUUAAUAAAUCUCUGAUCAACUUUUAUCCCAAGAAAAAUCCUAAAUUAUUAAUUACACAGAGUUUAAAGUGAAUUCAUCUCAAGGUUUACCUGCAGUUAAUAUAGCAUUGUAAUAUUUGUAAUGCAUAAAAUAUAAAAGAUAGAUGUGAGAUUUUAGGUUUUUAAUAAAAUUAUUAAAUAUUUUAAAUUAAUGUAUUUGUUUCAUUAAUUAUCCAUCAUUUAUUGAACACUUAAAAUGUCUUCAUAUCUGCUGACAACUAAAUGAAAACGUGUAAUCAACCAUUUAGUCUCUGUAUGUUGCUUAUUAAUGCUCACAGAGAGGAAGCAGGAAACUAAAAAUGAUUUCUCAAAGUGUUUUUCCUAAACAGUGACUGGAAAUCAGAGCUGUGAAAAAGCAGCUGAUUUUAAUGUCAGCCUGAAGGUGAAGCUGCUUCUUAGAGGUCAGUAUUACUGCAGCAAAAUCCACAUUUCAGCACACAUUUCUACAUUUGAUUUUAGAGGAAACUCCCCGUCACACAUUCUCUAUCUGAUACCAACUGAUCAGCUGGUUGGUCCUACAUUACCCAGAAUUCCACAGACACCAAACUGAACCACACUCACCAGGAAUGUUUAUGGUUGGAUUCUGAACUAUGAAAAGAAGGAAAUAUUUUCGUUUUAUUAUUUCUUUUUCUUGAUUUUGAUAUGAACAGUGUUGAUUUUUUCAUGAAGCGUUUCAGUAGUUGAGGGAUUUGAUUUUAUUCCAACAUGCAGCAGGUCUCUGAAAACUCUGCAUGGAAAUCUCAUUCUGAGAUGUAAAUAUCUUCAGAUGUAAAGUCUAAAGUUUAGUGUUCAUGCGUCAGAUGUGACAUACGGUCACUACAGUCAGAAUGUAAACUCUCAUGGUUUGCAUGCGUCUGUUCUCAGUUUCCAGAUCACCUCCCUCCUGGAAGAACAUUACAGUUCCAUUCCUGAAGCGCCUCCACACCAAACUCACAGCCCCCAAUCUCCACAUUCACUUCAUUAUUGUAUGACUUCAUCACUGAGGGAGCUGAUGAAUGGUCUAUUUAAAGCUCAGCUUGUGUCACCAGAGAGCAGAAAGAUCCCAAAGUAAAGUGAGGAAUGAGCCAACAUGUGUGAACUGUGGCCUCCUCUUAGAGACGUUUUUCUGUCUGACUGAUUGAAGGAGUGUUCUGAGCUGUGAGCUAACAGGUCCAGCUGCAGGUCUGACACACUUCAACCCUUUUACACCAACACAAACCCUUUAGGAACCGCUUUGCUUUCACUGUGUUCCAUUAUUAUCCGUUUAUUCGGAGCUUCACAGUGCAGAGAGACAGUUUGUUUCUCCUUCAAGCUGCUGCUGAAAACAUGAUCAGGUUGUGGUUGGUGUGUCUUUCCUGUCGAUGGAUGUUUUAAUAUCAUCAGUCAGUUCAGAAACAACAUGGUAAACCUCGGUCAGAGCUGUGAACGCUGCUCUGUGUGCUGACAGCAUCUCUGAAACACCAGCUGUUGGCUUCAGAUGCUAGCAGCCUGUUAAACACUCGUACGUAUGAACCAGCAGAGACCUCACAGGACUUCAGGGUUUACACAGUAUCUCUGGACUUCACGUUCUUUUUAACUCCACUUUCUCUCAGCUUCUCAGUCGGUGUUUGGUUGAGUUGAAGCUCCAAAACGUCCUGGUUAGGGUUAGAAAGGGAUCAUGGUUUGGAGUGCUGUACCUUCCAAAGCUCUGCAGACGUUCUGGAGGCUAACUUUGGUUCAUCAGUGAUCAGACUGGGUGAUACUGAGCCUGUUAGAAGGUGGAGGGAAUGAUGUGGGUGGAUAAGGUCCCAGUGAAUCCAAUAAAUCAUCAACGGUGCUGCUUUGAUUCAUGUCCGUACUGAGGCUCUGGGGUUUCUUCUUCUUUGGGUUUUUAAAAAUGAAUCAUCGGUUAAAUCCCAUUAAAACAAAACACUUGUAAAGUUUGGUGACUUUUCCCCAGAAUAAGGUUUAAAAAACAUUUAUUGUCAGUUUGAUGACAGCAGGUUUGAAUCAGCAGCAACACGAACAGCUGGAUGUUACAAAGCAGCAGUUUGAGCUGUUUGGGCUCAGAAUCAGAAAUCUUUCAUCAAUAAAACUGGAAAUCUGAAACUGAAAGUCAAACAUCCUAAACUGGAAGCAGAAAACAUCACUGUGGAUGUUUGAAAUGUUGGUUUUGACCAGAGAGAACUGGACCAUGUAUCUGCUGCCUGUUAAACAGUAAAACAGCUGCUUAAAGCUAUUAGAGAUUCUAGAUCCUAAAUGUAGCUUUGAUUAGCAGCAGCUGAGUUUUCUGACAGGUUGGAAUCAUAGAGUAUGAAAAGAUGGACGUCGCCUGCUGGUUUGUGGACGACCUGAAAGCUGCAGUUUGGAGUUUGGCCGUUGCCAUCUUGGUGUUUAGAAAGUGGAGGUGACAAGUGAGCGGUGGACCUUAGAGCUGGAGAACGCUACAUCUGCUGACGGGUCAACAGGCUCUUCUUCCACUGCAGGAACUUCGAGGCUGUUUUAUGGAGACGUGAAGCUUCCUGAGUGUUCUGACUGCAGAACCGACCCUGUAGAACCUCUUUAGGGGUGUUUUUAACGGAGAACAAAGCAGCUGAGCGGCUCUGAAAAACUGCUGUGUGGGGCUAGAUGCUGAUUUGUUGAACUCAGAGAAGACAACAAACAGCAUUUUUCCACGUCUUCUACUCUCAAAUAUCAGCUUCAAUGUCAGAUUCACCAAACAGUCUGAACAUGACAAACCUUCAUGCUCCUAUUUCCUACACAGAACUGAGUGGUUUCCAGUAGCUACGCUUCUUCUUGCUGCAUUUGGACUUCAGCUCACAGUGGUGGAUCCUUCACUGCAACAGAAACAUGGAAAUAUUUGCGCCACCUUGUGCUGCCUGGAGUUCCUGCAGUGGAAAACCACCUUUAUAAGCUCCGUCUGUGGUGUUCUGGAGUUCUUCCAUAGAUUUCUCCUCAGGAUUGCUCAGGCGUCUCUCUUCUGAGGUCUCUGAACUGAUCUCGUCCGUCUGCAGAUGUUCUUGGUUUUCCUGCUCCAGAGCCUCUUCUUGGACCGUUGAGACUCAAAGAACCGGUUCAGGUCGUCAGCCGUCCAUGUGUUUGGGCGUUGAAGGGUACCAAGUGUUUGCAGCGCUGGCAGAGUCUGCUGGUAACUGAAGAAACUCGCUGAGCUGCACCUGCUCAGAAACACAGCAAAGCCAUCUGCAGUGGAAACCUUCUGAGACCUUCUAUCACCUCUGCUGCUCACCUUUAUCCUGAUCUGAAACUAGACUCAGAACAAAGCAGAAAGCUGCUUUAGUUCACUGGAAGUCAAACGGUUUGCGAUGACACGUUUCCAUUUAGACCUGAAUGAUGAUUUAUUGAUGCAGCACGACAUCAGAAAGUGUGGAUUCACUGAAUGUACAUGAAGAAGGAUGGAAGUGUUUCUUUAACAUGUCCUGUACAUUAAGAGGUGUGGUUUUUCUAGACCAGACACUCAGCACUGAGUUAGUCAUGUAAUGCCUUGUAUUAGCGUACCAUGAUUCAAAUAUACUCGUUGAACGCUGCUAAGAGGACAUUGCAGCAGCUGCAGUUCAUUUUUAGCUCACAUGUAAUGUUCCAGCCUCUGAAUGAGGCACUUUUAGGCUUCACUAAAUUUUUUUAAUAUCAAACAUCUGUUUAUUUGGUUUCAUUCUACUUGCUGGUAAACAAUGGAAGCUUCCAUACAAUCCUUUGGACAGUUGGUUCAAAGUGACGGUUGUGGGUCAGAACCAAAAUGCAUUAUUAUCAAAAUGUACUUUUCUGUAUCAACAGUGUCAAUAAAAUGUUGUAAGGCA